AUGGCCACUGGAAAUGACAACAUUGGAAAAGAGGAGUAUAUUGGCCAACAUGAAGUGGGCGUAUGCAACGAGGCAGGUGAACAGUUUAUGGACUUUGCGGUGAGACAUAGUUUGCGUGUGGUUAACACUUUCUUUAAGAAAGCGGAGAGGCAUAAGCUAACAUACAAGAACGGAGCAUUGGAAUCCCAGACUGACUACAUUUUAUGCAGAGCCAAUGAAAAAGCAAACAUCAGAGAUUGCAAGGUUAUCUUAGGUGAGAGUGUAACGAGCCAGCACAGACCAUUAAUCUGCAAGCUGAGUGGUAAGAAAUUAGAAUUGAAGAAACUUGCAGAAGACUUAAGACAGUUGGGAGAGGAACUCUUGGGGAGAACAUUAGGAAAAAGCAAGACGGACAAGGGAACAUGGUGGUGGAAUGAGGAGGUACAACAACACAUCAAGAUAAAGAAAGAAACCAAAAAGAUCUUAGACCAGAAGAACAACGUAGAAAAUAGAGAGGCUUACAAGAUUGCCAAGAAAGCAGCCAAGAGCUCUGUAGCGAGAGCAAAAGCAAAGGCCAUCAAAGGUUAUAUGACGAAAUGGAAACCUUAG